AUGCGACCCUCUGCCGUGCGUCUGCUCAACAUUUUGGUGCCUAUCAAGAGGACGGUAGACUAUGCUGUGAAGAUCCGGGUGAACCCUGACCAGAAGGGCAUUGACCUCAAUGUCAAGCAUUCUAUGAACCCGUUUGACGAGAUUGCGGUGGAAGAGGCCGUACGGCUACGAGAGCGCCUCAAGGAUGCUGUCAAGUCCAUCAAAGUUGUAACCAUUGGCCCACCCAAGUCUGCCGAGACACUCCGAACCGCGCUCGCCAUGGGUGCGGACUCGGGUAUACACGUUGAAUUACCAGAAUCUGCCCCGGCACCAGAACCUCUUGGAGUUGCGAAGGCGCUGCGGGCGCUCAUUCAACGUCAGAAGGAGGGCAUUGACUUGGUCAUAAUGGGCAAGCAAGCCAUUGACGACGAUGCGGGUCAAACAGGCCAGAUGCUCGCAGGAUUAAUGGAUUGGCCACAGGCGACAUUUGCGAGCAAGGUUGCCAUUGACGUCGAGAAGAAGGAGGCCAGCGUCACAAGAGAGAUUGACGGUGGGCUGGAAGAGUUACGAUGUCGCUUGCCAUUGGUUGUAACGACUGAUCUUCGACUGAACGAGCCGCGAUAUGCAUCGCUGCCGAAUAUCAUGAAGGCUAAGAAAAAGCCGAUUGAGAAACUCACGCCUGCAGAUCUGGAGGUGGAUCUGACACCUCGUAUCGAGACGUUGAAGGUUACAGAACCUCCUAAGCGACAGGGUGGUGGAAAGGUCGCAAACGUGGAUGAGUUGAUUGCCAAGCUCAAGGAGGCAGGAAUCACUGCUGUAUCUUCAUGA